AUGUUCAAAUUUUCUUAAAAUCCUUAUGCCAUUUACUUUACUCCAUUUAUGGAAUAAAGUCUCAAAUGUAUGACAAUUCAAAAUUUGCCAAAUAAAAAAUAAAUGUAAUUAAAAAUUUACAAUUAUCAAUUUUUGCAUCAAUGUUGUAAUUUCGUCAUCCUAUUUAUAAGGGAAUAUGUGAUCAAAAUCAAAACCUAAUUAUUUGGUCAAUAGUACAUUUCAAUGCCAUUUCCAGUCUAAAACUCAUUUGUUGAAGGGCAACAUCCCCUAUCCCAAAUCCAGCCAAUUAGAAUAAGUAAAGCAAGAAUCUUCUUGGCAAUUCUCUUAUCUAUUUCAACAGCAUUUUUAUUUGCCUUGGCCUUGAAAUACUUCAAAAAGCUUUAUUAAUUAUUUCUGUUCAUUGAUUGCUCUGAUGAAUCGAUUGCAACUCAUUAUAGAAUAGUAGCGACUUCUGGAGAAGAAUUUGUUUGUAAAAAAAAAAUUAUGUUUGAUAAACCCUAUUUCGUGUUUAAAAUGCUAAAGUAUUCAUUUAAUAGUGCAGGCUAAUUUUAUUAACCAAUUGAAUUUGAAAUAAAAGGUAAGACUUUGACCGAUAUUAUUAACCUAAGUUCAAAGCAAACCAGAGAACACAACAUUAAAUAUUUUGGAACAUGUUAACUUAAGAUCCCAAUAGAAUCUAUAUUCAUUUAUUCUUUGCAUGCAUUUACAGGUCCAUUCAAUAUUUUAUAAUAUUUUGCUGUUGCAAUAUGGUUUGCAGAGAAAACAGUACUUCAACCUGUCCUGAUCUUGAUUUUCACAGUUUUAACAGUCUAUUUGAAUUACUUUUUAUAUGUUAGAUCAAGAAGAAGAUUAUAAUAAUUGGCUAAUAUACAUUAAGAAGUAUCAAUUAAAGAAAAUGAUUAAAUUAAAGUGAUUAAUGGAGCUGAUCUUUUACCUGGUGAUUUACUCAUCCUUAAAGAUAAUCAAACAUUAAAUUGUGAUUGUGCUAUCAUUUAAGGUGAUGUUAUUGUUAAUGAAGCCACUUUAACUGGUGAAGGUAUUCCUAUUCCUAAAUCUGCAUUACCUAAUCAAAAUUCUCUUUUUGAACUUGAAAAAAUGUCUUAACAUUGUUUAUUUGAAGGAACUAAAUUAAUUUAAGUUAACAAUGCUUAGCAAAAUAUAGCCAUUGUACUUAGAACUGGUUUCACAUCCCUUAGAGGUUAAUAUUUUAGAAAUGUACUAUUUCCUGAGCCUCCAUCAAUGAGAUUUUAUAUUUAGGCAGCUAAAUUCAUAAUUGAAAUAGCAUUUAUUACUUCAAUUAUAUAUGGAUUCCUAUUGAUUGAAUACAUUCCGAUGGAAUUCAAAUCAAGUCUUUUAGUAUUGAGAUUCUUAGAUAAUAUAGUUUGGUCAAUUCCACCAUCAAUGCCUAUUUUCUUCUAAAUUUGCAAGACUGCAAGUUUGGUUAGACUUGAAGCUAAAGGAGUUAUUGGAAAUAAUGCUGAUAAAGUAGAAUCAGCUGGUAGAAUUGAUACUUGUUGUUUUGAUAAAACAGGAACUCUUACUACUUUAGGAUUUAAAGCAAUUAAAGCAUUUCCAGAAGAAGAAAAACCUAUUUUAGAUGCUAUUAUGGGUUGUUGUCAUCAUUUAAUUAAAAUAAAUGGUUAAUUAUUAGGAGAUCCAUUAGAAAUUGAAAUGCUUAAUUUUGUAGGUUGGCAAUGUAACUUCAAUAAUAAUCCAUUAACAAUUGAUGGAAAUGGAAAAACCUAUACUAUUCAUAAGAUAUUUGACUUUAGUUCAUCAAAAUCAAUGAUGAGUGUUAUUGUAACAGAUGGAUCUAAAUACUAUUUAUAUGCAAAAGGUUCUCCUGAAUCAAUUAAUUCAAUAUCAAUCAAGAAAAGAGAUGAUUUAAUUGAAGAAUUCAAUUUGAAUGCUAUUAAAGGUUAUAGAGUCCUAGGAUUAGCUUACAAAGAAUUAUAAUCAAAUUAGAUUGAUUAAUAAAGAGAGUAAUUAGAAUCAUAGUUGAACUUUGUUGGUCUGUUAGUUAUGGAGAACCCAUUAAAAUCAGAUACAAAUGAAAUCAUUACAACUUUAAAAGAAUCAGGAUUAGAUAUUAAAGUAAUAUCAGGAGAUAAUCCUUUGACAACUAUUUAAUGUGGAAAGUUAGCUGGUAUUAUUAAUUCAGAUAAUGAAAUUACAUUUUUAGAUUAUAAUUAAUAAAAUUAAGAAAUUAUACUUUAAUGUAAUAACAAUCAAUAAAUAAUUAAAGAAUAAUAACCAAAUAGUAUUUAAGAAUUAGAAUCAUUUAUAUAAACUCAAUAAGAAUUAGCUUUAACUGGCAAAUUUUUAGAAUUUAUGACAAAUAAAGGCAACUUUUUCGUAGAACCUAAGUAUUCAUCAAGCACUUUUGUUAAGUCUUAAAGCAAGGAAAAGAUAUUUACUGAAAUUAAUCAAAUUGAUAUUGACGACGGAUCUUUUGGACAAUUGACUAUCUCAAUUAUUAAGAAAACUAAGGUAUUUGCUCGUUAAAAACCUGAAUAAAAGAAAUUAAUUAUUCAAAUAAUUCAAAGUUUUGGAAGAUAAGUAUUAAUGUGUGGAGAUGGAGCUAAUGAUUGUUCAGCUAUCUCAUAGGCUUAAGUUGGAAUUUCAUUUAGUGAAGCUGAUGCCUCAUAUACUGCUCCUUUCAGUAGUAAAUCUACUUCAUUAGAUUGUGUUGUUAAAGUAUUAUUAUAAGGCAAAGCAGCUACCAUGACUAUUAUUGAAGUCUUUUAAUAUUAAAUCAGUGUUAAUACAUUGAAAUUUGUAGCUGUACUCUUUACCUUUUUAGAAGCAGAAACCUUUGCAGAUUUUCAAUUUACUUAUACAAGCAUUAUAUCAAAUAUUCCCUUAUUAAUAUUUUUAUGUUUAUCUGGUCCUUGUGAUACAUUAGCUAAAUAUAAUCCAUUAGAUGAUUAAUUUGCUAUUUAUAAUCAAAUUUAAAUAUUUAAUAAUUUAAUUUGGGGAGUAGCAGGUUUAAUUGUCAAUUAUUUCAUUUCAACAGCAGUUAGAGAUGUUCAUACAUGUGAAAUAGAUGAACCAAUUGAUAAUUGUAUUCCAAAACCAAUUGAAGAAUUAAAAAAAUUUGGAGAUAUUUAAUCAGUAAUGUUUAUGAGUUUGAUGUUCUUCUUUAUGACAUUUGCAAUCAACUUGUACAUUUCCAAUCCUUUCAAAUAAAGAUACUAUAGAAACUACCUAUUACUUUUAUGGACAAUAUUAGGUUUUAUUCUAUUCUUUGUUUCUGCUAUCUUUCCAAAAGGAGGAAAAUGGGCUAAAUUGAUUAAUGUCAAUGAUAAUGCAUUCAAAGGGUAUAAUUGGAUUAUGAUAGCUGUUGUUGUAAUAGCAUCCUUAAUAGGGUUCUUUACUCAAGCUAUUUUACAAAAAUAUCUUCCUUCAAAAAAGAAAAUUGAAUUUUGA